AUGGGCGUGUGGAUUCAUAACUACGUGAGAAGAAGUAGGUGGGUGUUGGACGUAGUGCUGGGGACUUCACUGGUUGAUAUGUAUAGUAAAUGUGGGAGGGUUGAGGAUGCAGUGAAGGUGUUUGAUGAAAUGCCUGAGAAGAAUGUGUGGACAUGGAACUCGGUGAUCGGAGGGAUGGCGAUGGUGAAAUGCGGGGAUGAAGCUUUGAUGUGGUUCUUGAAAAUGGAGGAGGAGGGAGUGAGGCCGGAUCCGGUGACGCUUGUCGGAGUGCUUUCUGCUUGUAGUCAUGCAGGGAUGAUUAUGAUGGGCCGGAGAUUGUUUCGGUUGAUGGUUGAAGGGAAGUAUGGUUUCCGGCCGGGGAUUAAACACUAUGGAUGCAUGGUUGAUAUGUUUUGUCGAGCAGGGAUGAUCGGCGCGGCGGUGGAGGUUGUAGAGAGGAUGCCUUGGGAGGUAAAUGUGGCUAUAUGGGGGUGUUUGUUGAAGGGGAGUAGAGCUCAUGGAGAUUUGGGGUUGAGUGAAUUUGCGGCGAGGAGGCUUGUGGAGAUCGAGCCGGGGAAUGUAGCACAUUAUGUGGUAUUGGGUAGUUUGUACGCGGAGAUGGGGAGGUGGACGGAGGCGGAGGAGUUGAGGAGGAGGAUGAAGGCAAUGGGGUUGAGGAAGGAUGCCGGCUGGAGUUUGGCGGAGAAUGACGAGGUAAUCACCAGUGAUAUUGAAGAACAUGUUGGUGUUCCUGCAAGAAUAGAAUAG